GGUCAUAAUAUUUAUGGAUUUGAACUGGAAGUGCUCCUGCAGAGAAUUAACGUGUGCAAAGUUCCUCACUGGUCCAAGAUAGGUCGACUGAAGCGAUCCAACAUGCCAAAGCUUGGGGGCAGGAGUGGAUUUGGUGAAAGAAAUGCUACCUGUGGCCGAAUGAUCUGUGAUGUGGAAAUUUCAGCAAAGGAAUUGAUUCGUUGUAAAAGCUACCAUUUGUCUGAACUUGUUCAACAAAUCCUGAGAACUGAAAGGGUUGUAAUCCCAAUGGAAAAUGUACGAAAUAUGUACAGUGAAUCUUCUCAUCUGUUGUACCUGUUGGAACACACCUGGAAAGAUGCCAGGUUCAUUUUGCAGAUCAUGUGUGAGCUAAAUGUUCUUCCAUUAGCAUUGCAGAUCACUAACAUCGCUGGGAACAUUAUGUCCAGGACGCUGAUGGGUGGACGAUCCGAGCGUAAUGAGUUCUUGUUGCUUCAUGCGUUUUAUGAAAACAACUAUAUUGUGCCUGACAAGCAGAUUUUCAGAAAGCCUCAGCAAAAACUGGGAGAUGAAGAUGAAGACAUAGAUGGAGAGGCCAAUAAAUACAAGAAAGGACGUAAGAAAGCAGCUUAUGCUGGAGGCUUGGUAUUGGACCCUAAAGCUGGUUUUUAUGAUAAGUUUAUUUUGCUCCUGGACUUCAAUAGUUUGUAUCCUUCCAUCAUUCAGGAAUUCAACAUUUGUUUUACAACAGUGCAAAGAGUUGCUUCAGAGACACAGAAAAUUACAGAGGAUGGAGAACAAGAACAGAUCCCUGAGCUGCCAGACCCAAACUUAGAAAUGGGCAUUUUGCCCAGAGAGAUCCGGAAGCUGGUAGAGAGAAGAAAACAAGUCAAACAGCUAAUGAAACAGCAGGAUUUAAAUCCAGACCUUGUUCUUCAGUAUGACAUUCGACAGAAGGCUUUGAAGCUCACAGCAAACAGUAUGUAUGGCUGCCUGGGAUUUUCCUACAGCAGAUUUUACGCCAAACCACUGGCUGCUUUGGUGACAUACAAAGGAAGGGAGUCCUUGAAGGACGUCUUUUUCGAUGCUCAUCUCAAGACACAAGCCCUUUUUACGUGGGAAGAUACAGUUGGAAACUGGCACCUCCAGGAGGCCUGGACAUCCACCUGUGUGUACUCUUAUGGUGCUGAACAUUGGAAGUUUGCCCUUGCCUCAUCUGCCCAGGUAAUAGAUUUAUGGGUGACAAGGUCGCGCUUGGCAGCCUUGCAGGUUUCCCAUCCCCCAGAUGGUUCAGCUGCCCCAGUGUUUGAACCUGAUGGUAUACAAGAUGUCACCGCACUGUCUUCUUGCCUGAGCCAUGCUGGUUUUGUUGCCUGGCGCUCAAUAGUUGGAGUGAAGAACUCAUGGCGCCACCAUUGUGCUGCGGCUACCAGGGGGGGCGUCUGUAGCUUUGUCAUAGAGAUGUUAACUGAGGUCCGUGCUGGGCAGUGUGCAGUCCAAAGGGUUGCUGCCCUGUGUGCCAGUAUCUCUCCUCUGGACUGGUACUUCUGCUCCUCGCUCGCAGCUGUCAUUCCAGUACCUGAUGAUAUUCGAAGGGUUUAUAAGUGGCAUUGGAGCCAGCAAAACAGGUCGCUCCUCUUUGGCGGUCUCUUAGACAGAUCAAGAGUGGCCAUCAGUAUGAAAUACACCAGGCAGAGGAGCAUGGAACGUAAAGCUCCCAUUGCUACAGACCUUGUGUGCCUCUUUACUCGGAGCGUGGACCGUACACAGACCUGCUUCGCCUCUGUGGGCCCAGCAGCCAAGAAUUUCACUGAAAGGAUAAAGCAUGUAGCAGUUUCUAAACCUCCGUUCAGAAUUCUCCGGCCAGCGAUGUUGUGGUGUGGGUGCAGAACCCUCCAUCUUCAGGUCCAGCCUGCGCUUUCAGGGAGCGCUGGUUACGGCCCGCUCCCACCUGAGCUCCCAGGCUCGCCCUCCGCUGUAGGGCCCGCUCUCUGGAGGAAGCAUGCAUCCAAUGACUGGCCCCUAGCCUCAAGCCGGCAUGACCCUGAGGGCCAUGCUGGCUGCAGAGUCCCCACGGGACACACAGGUGCUUUCCAGGAAAUCUGA